AUGUUCAAACCACAGACGAAGUCGGAGUGGGCCUUUCUGGGCACCACGGCCACUCAAGCGGGCGUGAAUACCGCGAUCCAGCUCUAUGUCCUGGACCGUUAUCUGCGCUGGGUGAACCCGAACGUCUAUCAGGUCGCGCGAUCAUACACGAUUCCCGUCACCUUUGCCAUCUUCGUCUUCGGCGUCGUCUACCAGUUUCUGCUGGCGUGGGACUCGCUCCGCAGCAAGAACAACAUCCAGCUGUUCGCACAGGCCGUCUGUAAUGUCUGCCUCUUCAUAUCAGCCGUCCUGCAGUACGAGCAGGUCAAGGACGUGGUGCAUGGACUGCCACCGAACCACGAUGCGCAGAACAAGCCGCUGGUCAAGCUGGACGUCAACAUAUGGGCCCAGAUCCACCCCGCUUUGAUCGCCUUCAUCGCCGUCUUUGCCGCCUGCAGCGUGGCCAUGUGCGGUCUAGCCUACAAGCUCCACAAACAGUUUGCCUGGGCCUUGUAUAAGGACAUCAACGCCGACACGAGCCUGAGGACUCGGUAUCUGAUCUAUCAGGUAUUCUUGGUCCUGAUGAAACUGUCCUUUUACUUCCUCGUUUCUUUCGUCAUCAUCUACGGCUUCGUCGAUGUGCACUAUGAACAACCCGAGUUCGCCCUCACCAUGGCCAUCAUACCGGUGGCCAUGCUCCAGAUCCUUCUCUCAGCCUUUGCAGCAAGGCACGAGAACAGGUUCUUCAUGCUGAUCUCCAUCUUGGUAUACGCCGGCGGCGUGGCCUACCUGGUCAGCCGGAUCAUCCUCCUCGUCGGCGACGGCCCGCGCUCGAAGACGAUCAUGAAGGACGAAAUGAUGUUCUUCGCCGUCGUGUCGCUGAUCCUCACCGCUUCGACGCUCGUCGCGUCUACCUGGUGCAUGAUCAACUUCGGCCACGGCCUGAAGCCGCACCUGCUCGGCAUGACGGCCAAGAAGGCGCCGCAGGACCCGGAAGAUGCGUAUCGAUUCGAAAGGCUGUCUCACACCGCUCCUCCGCCCGAGUUCCUCACCCCUCGCCGCUUCGCCUUGGAUUGA